UUGGGUCCAGCUCAAAAGUCCUGCCACCACCACCCAGGACCAGCUCCUGCUGCCUGUGGAUUUGCUGAUGGGCCUCAGAAGGUGACAGUACUGACCACAAUGCUGUCAGGCCGGUGGUGGCCAAGUACCUGGGGGAGCCUCGGGCUGGGAUCCCGAAACCCUUCUCAGGGAUCCCAGCUCUGCGCCCUCUAUGCCUUCACUUACACUGGGGCAGAUGGCCGACAAGUGUCCCUGGCUGAGGGGGACAGGUUCCUACUGCUUCGAAAGACCAACUCAGACUGGUGGUUGGCAAGGCGCCUGGGAGCACCCUCUACUUCCCGACCCAUCUUUGUCCCAGCUGCCUACAUGGCAGAGGAAUCUAUCUCUUCCCAGAGACCAACCACCAUCACCUCCAGCCAAUCCCUCUGGAUUCCUGGGCCAAAGUUGUUUCCUGGCUCCCUGGAGGAGCUGCACCUGUCUCAGGAACCCCCAGGCAGAGCCCAGGCCACCUCUAAGCAGCCUCCUCCUCUGCCCCCCAAAAUGUGUAGAAGUGUCAGUGUUACCAAUUUGAGGCCUACCCUUCUGAAGCCCUUUCAGGAAGGAGCAAGUGGAAGAUCCCUCUCUCAGGAAAACUUGCUGACAGAGGCCAAUGCUAACCCGGCAAGACCCCAGCCCCUCAUGUCAGAGCACCCUGUGUACUGCAACCUAGUGGACCUUCGCCGCUGUCCCAAGUCUCCUCCCCCAAGCCCUGCGUGCCCCCCGCUGCAGAGACUGGACGCCUGGGAGCAGCACUUGGACCCUAACUCUGGGCGCUGCUUCUACAUAAAUUCGCUGACUGGCUCCAAGUCCUGGAAGCCCCCGCGCCGCACUCGCGUGCGAGAGAUGAACCUUGGCUCCAUGGAGGGGACGCAGACCCGGAAUAGGGGCAACGGUGUCCUGCAACCUCAGACAAAGGGCUCAGAAUCUGAAACAGGGAACCCAGAACUGCUUGGCCCCCAGGGUUCACUCUCCCACUGCCAGCACACCUCCCAGCUCCACCCCUCAGACCAGCCAGCAGCCUUGCAGCCCACUCGACCUCUGCCGCAGGUCUUGGACGACCCCCAUGAGGUGGAAAAGUCGGGUCUGCUCAACGUGACCAAGAUCGCCCAGGGGGGGCGCAAGCUCAGGAAGAACUGGAGCUCAUCUUGGGUGGUGUUAGCAGGUAACAGCUUGGUGUUCUACCGGGAGCCGCCGCCUGCAGCGCCCUCCUCAAUCUGGGGACCAGCGGGUAGCCGACCCGAAAGCAGCGUGGACCUGCGCGGGGCAGCCCUGGCCCACGGCCGCCACCUGUCCAGCCGCCGCAACGUCCUGCACAUCCGCACGGUCCCCGGCCACGAGUUCCUGCUGCAGUCAGACCACGAGACCGAGUUGCGAGCCUGGCACCGCGCGCUGCGGGCGGUCAUCGAACGCCUGGAUCGAGAGAACCCCCUGGAGCUGCGUCUGUCAGGUUCGGGACCCGCAGAGCUGGAGGAGCUGAGCGGCGGAGAGGAAGACGAAGAGGAGUCGGUGCCGGUGUCCAGGCCACUGCUGCGGAUCGGCGGCCGCGGGAGCUCUCGUCGGUGUCCUGAAGGAAACGAGCAGAACCGCGUGCGGAACAAACUAAAGCGCCUUAUCGCAAAGAGACCAUCCUUGCAAAGCCUGCAGGAGCGUGGUCUGCUCCGAGACCAGGUGUUCGGCUGCCAGUUGGAAUCACUGUGCCAGCGGGAAGGGGACACCGUGCCCAGCUUUGUGCGGCUCUGCAUUGCUGCUGUGGAUAAGAGAGGUCACUUUCCAGAGACCGCACAAUCCACCCCUUCCAACAGGCCAAGGCCUGGAAUUCCCCACCUCCCCCACCUUAGUCUCCCUCCUGCAUUAUUUCUCUCCACCCUUGGGUCUCUCACCAGUCCUCACCACAUACAACUUAGAGCGGGAAUCCUUAUCUGCUCCCUGCCUCAUCUCCUAGGUCUAGAUGUAGAUGGCAUUUACCGAGUGAGUGGGAACUUGGCGGUGGUCCAGAAACUUCGCUUCCUGGUGGACAGAGAGCGGGCGGUCACCUCCGAUGGGAGGUAUGUGUUCCCAGAACAGCCAGGACAAGAGGGCCGAUUAGAUUUGGACAGUGCCGAAUGGGAUGAUAUUCACGUGGUCACUGGAGCACUGAAGCUUUUUCUCAGGGAGCUACCCCAGCCUCUGGUGCCCCCACAGCUGCUGCCACAUUUUCGUGCUGCCCUUGCACUCUCUGAAUCAGAACAGCGCCUCUCUCAAAUUCGAGAAUUAAUAGGCUCAAUGCCCACGCCGAACCGUGACACCCUGCGGUACCUCCUGGAGCAUUUAUGCAGGGUGAUAGCACACUCAGAUAAGAACCGCAUGACCCCGCACAACCUGGGAAUCGUGUUUGGGCCAACCCUGUUUCGCCCAGAGCAGGAGACAUCUGACCCAGCAGCCCAUGCUCUCUACCCUGGGCAGCUAGUCCAGCUCAUGCUCACUGAUUUCACCAGGCUUUUCCGCUGAACUGGUACAAGGAAGAAGAGAAAAGGUGUUCCUCCUGAUCUCUGUUGGGUGCCCUUUGGUGGGGGUGGGGAUAGUGGGUGUUCUGUUUUGAGGACAUCCCAUUAAACCCUGUGUCCCCCA